UCACCCCACCGAACGCGCCGUACUACAACACACACACACACACUCGCGCGCGAACCGACCCACGACGAUCUCCGGCGGCGGCAGUAAAUGGUAAACACCGUGUGUGUGUGUGUGUGUUAUCAAUGUCAAGGACUGCCAUUAUCACGCGCACACACACGCGCGCACGUACACACGUACACAACAACAAAACAGAAGCGGAGUUAUUGAUUAUUUUCGGCCAGUGACAACUGCUCUUUAAUAUUAUUAUUUUCGUUUCCGUUCCCCCGUUGUUGUUUUGUUUUUUUUUUCCCGUCGUCAUCGCUCCUACCACCCCCCCCCCAACCGAAAAACGUUUCGCUUGGUGACUCGCCGAAACCAGUGUGCGGUGCGGACGUUCGCGGGGGGCCGGCCGUUUGCGUUUUCCGUUUGCGCGGUGUCGGUGGAAUGGCGACUACGACUACGGCUGUGACGACGGCGGCGGCGGCGGCGGCGGCGACGACGGCGGUGACGGCCGUGACGGCGGCGGCGGUACGCGACUAGAACGAUUGUUCGUCGCGACUUCGAGACGGCGUUCCGCGGCCCCGCAGUGUCGGUGGAUGCCACUCGCCAGCGUACGCGUUCGAGACAGUAGCCGGAGCGCCGCCGUGUCCGAAUGGAGACGACUAGCGGAGCAGUGUGAUUCGUAUCCAAUCUCUGGAGUUGGAUUUUUUCCCCCUAUCAGAUUUCCUCUGUUGUACGGUAUCAAAUUGUUAAUAGCUCAAAAAUAAAGAAUAUCAAACUGUACUAUGUUGCCCAAUACAAUUGCUGUAUCAUCUACUUUGCCAAGAGUGAAAAAUAAAACAUUCAAUGAAAACGAUGAAAACAUUUCAUAUUCAAAGCCAGUAGAUUUUCAAAAAGAUCGUAAAAGUUGGCCUUUGGCACAGGUGAUGGAAUGUGUUGAUCUUGAAACGGUGUCAUGUAUACCAUCUUUAGAAUCUGGAAAGGAAACUUGCGUUAAAGACCCAAUUACUUCUACUCACAAUAGUUGUGUGACGGUUUUUCAGACAGAUAAUUUACAGUCUGAAUGUACCCGAAUGAAUGAACACGAAUCUUGUUUAGAUGAUCAACCAAGUAAUGUCUUAAAAAUUGUCUUGCCUCUAGUCAGCGAAAGUGUACCAUUAAAUGGCCAUCCAAUAGCUAUCGAACACAAUCAAUUCUUACAAGAAGAUAGUUCUGUUGUUUCAAGCAAUAAUCAUGUUCAAUAUUCUCCAGAGCAAUGUGAAGAUAUGCCAGUUUAUGUAAAUAAAUAUGUAAAUAAUAGAAAUCAUUCUUUACCCGAAGACAAUGAACUAAAUCGAUUUAGUUCAACAUUUGAAGAUAUAAAAACUUUACUUAAAGAAGGUCUAGUAGAUGGUCUAGAUGAAAUGCCACCAGACUUUCAACCUCCACAACCACCUCUGCUUUACAGAGUUUCUUCGUUACCAAAUCUUCUAAGUCAUGAUAGUACAAAAAACCAUCAUUCGUGUUCAUACUUAACUAUGUGUGCAACCAAACACGAAUUAUUUAUGAAUAAACUUUGCAAAAAUAUUGUUGCCAAACAUGAUAUGUCUGUGCAAGUAUCAACCGAAUUAUUUAAACAUCAAAAUCAAAAAACUUAUGUUGACACAAGCUGCCAAACGGAAGAUAUUUUUGUUAGUUGUCAAGUAAAUAAUGAAGUUUUGGCCCAAGAAAUCUAUCAAAAUGAUAAGAACAGUAAUGUUUUUAAGAAAGAGAUCAAAAUGAAUAUCAACGAUAAAGAUAAAGUUAAAAGUAACAUUGAAGAAAACUGUACCAAUAUUGGCUAUACAAAUAUAAAUAUUAAUAAAAACCACGGCACUACUGUAGAAAAGGACUUAACAGACAUUGGUUACACAAAUAUUAAUGUAUUUAAUAAAGAACUUCAAACUAAUACAGAAAAAGACUGUACAGACCUUGAUUACUCAGAUGUUAUUAACUCUGAAUAUGAAAUCAAAACUAAAGACGAAGAGGACUGUGCCAGUUUUGGUUAUUCAGAUGUUAACACAUUUAACACAGCAAAUGAAGUUAAUGUCAAUGAAGAGGAGUGUACCAGUAUUGGUUAUAUCAAUAUUAAUGUUUUUAAUAAAGAUAAUAUAAUAACUAAUAAUGAGGAUUGUUUUACUAAUGUUAAUUAUACCAAAAUCACAACUUUUAACAAAGCAUGUGAAACUAAACCCAAUGAAAAUUGUGUUAAUAUUGACUAUACAAAUAUGAAUGUAGUUGAGAAUGGAAAUGAAGUCAAUGUUAAUCAAGACGAUAAUUUGAAAAUUGGUUACACAAAUAUAAAUACGUUUGAUAAAGUGCUUAAGGUUGUAAAUGGAGAGGACUGUGUUGACAAUGGUUAUACAAAUUUCAGUUUGUAUGACAAAGGACUUGACAUUGAUUCUAAUGAUGAUUGUGAAAAUUACGCAAAUGCUAACAUUUUAGAAGAAUUUGUGAAUGAACAAAUAAGUCUUAACAAUACUGAUGGAGAUUUUGACUCAUUUUUGUUUGGACCACUACCCCCAUCACCUAUUGAAGAAAUUGGUAACAUUUCAGAAUUACCUAUAUUGAAUGGUGUUGAAACAAAAAGGGAAAACUCUGCACCCGUACCUUUCAUAUUUGAUGUUCAUAAAAAUGAACCGAGUACUUCAAUAAUCAAAUCUCGAUCAAUAGACGCUGAAUUUUCUCAUAAUUUUCAACAACAUCAUAAAAUUGGAACACGAUCCGUGCAAUCGGAGAGAAGAACUUAUCCAUCUGAAGUACCAGUUUCUGAUGGAUACCCAAAACCGUUGAUGCUUAAAAGUAGUAUUCAUCCUAGUACUAUUGAAAAAUUAUCAGACAUUUCAAGUUCAUUGCCAGACACACCUCUAUUAGGAAGAUGUGAUUUUCCACGUCAGUAUUCAGCUACUGGUACUAAAACAAUGACUCAGAUGUCAAAUAGUAUGAGCAUCAAUAUGAGAGGUGCUGGUCAUGGUUCUAGCAUUGGUUUGGGUCAAGCAAUGGCUGGUGCAGAGUUGUUGCACUUAAAUGGGCCUGGUAGGGGAUGGUAUCCACGGCAACGACAAUUUCGUCCUGUGUCAGUUGAACAGCUCGAUAAAUUGGCUAGCAAAAGCCCCGUGGGCCACUCACAAUGGGAUUCUCGAGAAGGCCAUAAACCUGUUACAUUACCCCCUAAUCUUACACCAAAGUUCUUUCACAGGUCCCCUAGAGAAGCGCUCCGACGUGUCACAAGUCUACUUAUUAGAAAGGGUAAUACUAACAAAAGUAACAAAUCUAAAACUGUAUUCUCUUCUUCAGUGAUUGGACCACACGGAGAUAUAAGUGAAGAAUGUGUGACCAGUCAAUCCAAACGUGGAUUUUUCAAAAGCUUAUGGAGAAAAUAAGACUUUUUAUAACGUGCAAUCAAAUUUUGUGGCCAUAUAUCUUAAUUUAUUUAUUAUUUAAUUUAUCAUUACUCUGUCUUUGAAUCUAUGUUUAACCUUGUGUUUACUUUACUAACUUUUACUAUAUAAUUUUUUAUAUGUUUUUUAUGUGUAAUGAAUUUUGACUUUAGCAAU